AUGGAUUUUGAUUUAGAGAGAUGUUCGGUUUCGAGUUCGGAUUCUUCUUCGGCGGCGGAUCGGAUAGAGCUGGAGGCGGCGGAGGCUUUGGCUGAUUUGGCACAUUUAGCGAUGCGAGAGGGCAGCGGUAGUGAAUGGGGAAGCAAAGGCAAACGCGCUAUGAAGCGAGUCAGGACCGAGUCUGACUCCGUCUCCACCUCUUCCGAUCUCCCCCGGGAUGGAAAUCAGCAGCAUGGUGAACCAAUACAUAGAAAUGUAGCAAUAAAUCCUCCAAAACAAGAGCUGGAUGCAGAUUUCCCUAAAACAAGUCCUAGUUGGGCAACGAGUUACCCAUCAUAUGGCACUGGCACUGGCAAGUCAAGGCUAAAUUUAACUGAGGCUGAAAAGGAAGAACGAAAACUACGUAGAAUAUUGGCAAACAGAGAGUCUGCUCGACAGACGAUUCGCCGUAGACAGGCUCUGUGCGAGGAGUUAACAAGAAAAGCUGCUGAUCUAUCAUGGGAGAAUGAAAACUUAAAGAAGGAAAAAGAGUUGGCCUUGAAAAGCUAUCAGUCUUUAGAGAUCACAAAUAAGCACUUAAAAGAACAGAUGGCUAAGUUAAUAAAAGCUGAGGUGGAGGGAUCUCCAGGAGACCUGAAGUCAGCCCUUGUUGACAUACCUACUACUGCACCUACAAACUGCCCUUUGCUUGUAUAUAACCAACAUGCAUUUUCACCUCAUUGCUGGCCUUCUAUUAUUCAAUCUUCAAAUCCUAUCCAAUCACAUUAUAGGACUCAGAAUGCCAUUGUAAUUCCAUCAAGCAUCCCCAUGCCAACUAAUGGAAAACAUGAUUCAUCACAGCUGCAACAAGAAAACGCUGUAAUUGUUAGUGGCCCAAGGACACCCUUAUAUAUAGUGUCCUGUCCAUGGUUCUUUCCAGGUCCUGAUCAUGGGAAUGGACUGCACGCGCAGCCUUCUUUUAGCUUUAAACACGUACAAGAUGGAACUUCUGUGAAUAAUCUAUGUUGUGGUAGUUCAUCUCCAAAAGCUGCUGCACGUAUGGAGAACCGGCAUUCCUCUUUAUCCAUUAAAGUUAAAUCAGAAACUGCUAGCUCAGCUGAAGGCAGGGUUAUCAACGAUCUAAAUGAGACGCCAGUAGGAUUUACCCGAGAUGGAGGUGGUCAGUGUGAAGGACCUCACCCUAAAGAAAUGAUUCCUACUUCUCUACCUCUAACUUCUGUUACGCCUACAAUAGCUGUUAAAGAUGAGCCUGGGCCCAAGUCAGAGUAUGCUUUCGGUGCUAAUGGUAUAUGCACAAAAGCUAGUCAUCUAAUGAGUGUUUUACCAGAAAAGAAUCAAGACCCAUUUAAAUUCCCGAGCAAGAAGCUAGUGGAUGCAGCAGAGGCAGCAGAGGCAAGGAGGAGGAGAAAGGAACUUACAAAACUAAAAAACCUCCAUGGCCGCCAAUGUCGAUUUAACUGUUGA